CACAGCUCGUUACAUUAUCCAGUGUAGGGAAUCGAUGUCACCUUUGGCCAUAUUGUCUGGUUUCUACACCUCACACGAGCACUUUACGCUGAUAAUCCCCAGAAAUCCGUGCAUGGCUUCUCGUUGCCGUGGUGAUGGGACGCUUCCCCGUGCAGCCUUGGCCCCGCCCCCGGCACCUCCGCACAGGAAGCGGCUUCGGCUCGGCUGAUUGGCGGCUCUGAAGCUUAUGGCCCGCAGCGCUACGGGCGGGAGCAGUUGUCACGGGGUCUGGAGCAGGAAGCGUCGACAUGGCGGCGGACUUGGUGAUCGGUUGGAGCAUCUUCGGCAUUGUGCUGCUGGCUAUUUUGGCUUUUUGUUGGAUUUACAUCCGUAAAUACCAGAGUUGCCAGGAAAGUGAAGCAGUGUCUACCAUCACAGCAAUAUUUUCCCUGGCGGUGGCUCUGGUCACUUCUGCCCUGCUACCUGUGGACAUUUUCCUUGUGUCUUUUAUGAAGAAUGGAAAUGGCACAUUUAAGGAAUGGUCAGAGAAUAAUGUUACACGGGCGCAGAUUGAGAACACCAUUUUAAUUGGAUAUUACACCUUUUACUCCAUUAUCCUGUUCUGCGUAUUUAUGUGGAUACCAUUUGUAUAUUUUUACUAUGAAGAAAAGGAUGAGGACAGGACCCAUUGUUCACAAAUAAAGACUGCUCUUAAAUACACGUUUGGGUUCAUGUUGGUUUGUUCCUGUCUUCUUGUUGUUGGUGCAUUUGCACCACUGGAUAUUCCAUCAGGCAAAAACAUCUCUGAGUUUGAUAAAAUCAAGAUUCUCUUUCAAGAACUUGGUAGCGGUUAUGGUUUGGACGCCUUGUCAUUUUCCAUCAGCUCCUUGACCUUGAUAGGAAUGUUGGCAGCAAUCACCUACACAGCGUAUGGGAUGUCUGCACUGCCUUUAAACUUGUUUAAAGGUACAAACAAUGUACAUUAUGAACGUUUGGAAAACACCGAAGAUAUUGAAGAGGUGAAUCUGGAAAUUGAAAGACUUAGAUCAAAGUGCAGAGAUGGAAGACCACUGUCGAGUAAGGACAGAAAAAAACUUUAUAAACUUCAAGAAAAAAGUCGAACAUUGCAACGGAAAGAAAGACAUCUUGAAUCUCAUGUAAAGAAUACCUGGACGAAAUGUUCUAGCAUUAUGCGGCCUUUCAAGAUUAUUUGGGGCUUAUUCCUCAUUCUUGUAGCCCUUUUGAUCAUAAUAUCACUUUUUCUUUCAAAGUUUUUCCUCUUGAUUAUAUCCUGAUUACUAUUAUUAUAAUGUAUUUUUUCUUUACCUCAAUGGCCGGCAUCAGAAAUAUGGGUAUAUGGUUCUUCUGGAUACGGUUGUACAAGAUUAGAAGGGAACGGACUAGACCUCAAGCUCUUCUCUUUCUCUGCAUGAUUCUCUUGUUAAUCGUCCUUCACACUAGUUACAUGAUUUACAGCCUGGCACCACAAUAUGUCAUGUAUGGAAGCCAAAAAUAUCUGGUUGAGGGAUAUAGUAUAGGAAACUCAACUAGUUCGGUCUCUGUAAACUGUGAUGCCAAUGCACCUGAUGAUCAAUGUACGAUUACUCGAACAUACUUGUUUCUGCAUAAGUUUUGGUUCUUUGGCACUAUUUAUUAUUUUGGCAACUGGGUGUUUAUUGGGGUUUUCAUUAUUGGAUUCAUAGUUUCCUGCUGUAAAGGAAAGAAAUCUGUUAUUGAAGUGGAAGACGAUGAUUCCGAUCUAAGUGAUGAUGAAGACCUAUCACAUGUAUAUUCCUAAUGUAGUAUUUCCAUAAUCUGUUCAAAAGACUUUUUACUGUAAGUUAAAAAUAUGAAGUUUAAAAGCAGAUGGAUUUUUAAUUUAUGGUUCAGGAAGGAUUGGCAUGUUAAACGAAUCUUCAAGCUCAAAGUGUUACUAAUUUACUUGUUUCUGGUAUGUAAAAUAUAUAAAAACAUGCAUCUAAAACUGAAAACUAUGCACUAAAAAAAACUGAUGCCAAUAGAAAUGCCACUAUUGUACUGCUAGUCUCUCCACAGAGUUGCAAUUAUAUUCAUCUAUUUUACAGUACGUGAUUUGGUUCUUGUGGUAUGAUAUAAAUAUAUAUAUAUUGUUUUUUUUGCAUAUGGCAUUUUUUUUUCUUCCAAACUACUGACACUUUUAAUUUAUAAAAAUAAAUAAAUUGACAUUUGCUAAAUUUUAUAUAUGGCUAAUAAAACAUUGCUGUCUUGAA